GUGGCCCAGUGUGGGAGUGUCACUGGGUGCAAUAGUGAACGCCUUGUAUGCGGCUUUUCUGUGAGACGGCGCUGAACCGCAGGCUGCAGACAAACGGAACGUUAUCAGGCCCGUUAUUUAACCGCUGUAUUACCACUUUGUACCGGCUGUUCGUGUGUUUGGAGACCGGAGUCAUGGCUAACCGCUCCCUGUGGUCGCUCUGUCUGCUGCUGGCGCUGCUGCUGCCGCUGGAAGUCCUGUCUCAGGACCUUGACCUGACCGUUGCUCUGGAUAACGAUGACGACCCGACCCCCCCACCAAAGCCAGCAAAGCCAGCCGAGCCUGCUGGAGGAACGGGAGGAGGUUUUAAUCUGGAGGAUGCAGUCGAUGUCGUCGGCACCACCACCACCACCACCACCAAAGCCCCACCCAAGGUUGUGCCGAAAGCCCCCACAGGUACCAAGGCCCCAGUCAAGCCCAAACCCAAGCCAGCUGCUGAUGACUUUGACCUGGCUGACGCCUUGGACCCCAACAAUGACAUUGGUGGCAAGGAUAAGAACAAGGGGCAGGGAGGUGGAUUUACUGACAACGAACUGUUGGAUGUCAGCAAAGAUAAUACCUACAAGCCUGAUAAAGGCAAAGGUGGGCGUCCAAGCGGGGACGAUCAAAUUAACCAGUACGACGACAACAAUGAGACCACGGCAGAAGUGGGCACCAUUGCAGGGAUCGCAAGUGCGGUUGCUAUGGCGCUGGUGGGUGCAAUCACCAGCUACAUCUCCUACCAGAAGAAGAAGCUGUGCUUCAGUAUACAACAGAGCCUGAAUACUGACAUGGUGAAGGCUGAGAACCCUGAGGCUGUGGUGGCAACAGAACCACAAGUCCAACAGACUCUGCUGGAGCCACCCAACGCUGAGCCUCCCACUGAAGAGAAUGCUGUGUAACACACACACACACACACACACACACACACACACACACACAC